CCAGGCGCGCGGGGCCCACGCUCAGAGCCGGAUGCUCGCGUGCGGCGCGGGGCCCCGGGCGCUGGGAGGAACGCGGGGCGCCGCGGCUCUGCCCCACCAUGCAGGUGUCCAGCCUCAACGAGGUGAAGGUUUACAGUCUCAGCUGCGGCAAGUCGCUGCCCGAGUGGCUUUCUGACAGGAAGAAGAGAGCACUACAGAAGAAGGAUGUUGAUGUCCGUAGGAGAAUUGAACUUAUUCAGGAUUUUGAAAUGCCUACUGUUUGCACCACUAUUAAAGUGUCAAAAGAUGGACAGUAUAUCUUAGCAACUGGAACAUAUAAACCUCGGGUUCGAUGUUAUGACACCUAUCAGUUAUCCUUGAAGUUUGAAAGGUGUUUAGAUUCAGAAGUUGUCACUUUUGAAACUUUGUCUGAUGACUACUCAAAGAUUGUUUUCUUACAUAAUGAUAGAUACAUCGAAUUUCAUUCACAAUCAGGUUUUUACUACAAAACCAGAAUACCAAAGUUCGGGAGAGAUUUCUCCUACCACUAUCCAUCCUGUGACUUGUACUUUGUUGGCGCAAGCUCUGAAGUUUAUAGAUUAAACUUAGAACAAGGACGGUACUUGAAUCCUCUACAGACUGAUGCUGCGGAGAAUAAUGUGUGUGACAUCAACUCAGUGCAUGGCUUGUUUGCCACGGGAACGAUAGAGGGUCGAGUAGAGUGCUGGGACCCAAGAACUCGCGGUAGAGUGGGCCUGUUAGACUGUGCAUUAAGUAGUGUCACAGCAGAUUCAGAAAUAAACAGUUUACCAACAAUCUCUGCUUUGAAAUUUAAUGGUGCCUUGACCAUGGCAGUUGGAACAUCCACAGGGCAGGUUUUAUUAUAUGACCUUCGAUCGGAUAAGCCACUGUUGGUUAAGGAUCACCAGUAUGGGCUGCCCAUUAAGUCAGUUCAUUUCCAGGAUUCAUUAGAUUUGAUUUUGUCUGCAGAUUCGCGCAUCAUCAAAAUGUGGAAUAAGAACUCAGGAAAAAUAUUUACUUCCUUGGAGCCAGAACAUGACAUUAAUGAUGUCUGCCUCUACCCCAACUCAGGAAUGCUUCUUACUGCCAAUGAAACCCCCAAGAUGGGCAUCUAUUAUAUUCCGGUUUUGGGUCCUGCUCCCAGGUGGUGUUCCUUCCUAGACAACUUGACAGAAGAAUUAGAAGAGAAUCCGGAAAGCACAGUCUACGAUGAUUACAAAUUUGUCACCAAGAAAGACCUUGAAAAUUUAGGGCUCACACAUCUCAUUGGGUCACCUUUUCUCCGGGCAUAUAUGCAUGGGUUUUUCAUGGACAUAAGACUCUAUCACAAGGUGAAAUUGAUGGUAAAUCCAUUUGCUUAUGAAGAAUACAGGAAAGAUAAGAUCCGCCAGAAAAUAGAAGAAACCCGUGCACAGAGAGUCCAAUUAAAGAAACUGCCAAAAGUUAACAAAGAACUGGCACUUAAAUUAAUUGAGGAAGAGGAGGAGAAGCAAAAAUCUACCUGGAAAAAGAAAGUUAAGAGCCUUCCUAAUAUUCUCACCGAUGAUCGAUUUAAAGUUAUGUUUGAGAACCCUGACUUCCAAGUAGAUGAAGAGAGUGAAGAAUUUAGGCUUUUGAAUCCACUUGUCUCCAAAAUAAGUGAAAAAAGGAAGAAGAAACUAAGACUCUUAGAGCAACAAGAACUCCGUGAAAAAGAAGAGGAGGAAGAGCCGGAAGGAAAACCAAGUGAUGCGGAAAGUUCUGAGAGUUCAGAUGAUGAGAAAGACUGGGUUGAAGAGGUCAGGAAACAGCGCAGACUGCUCCACCAGGAGGAAAAGAUGAAGCGGCAGGAGCAGCUCAGGGAGGACCAGCAGACGGUCCUCAAGCCCCAGUUUUAUGAGAUCAAAGCCGGUGAGGAAUUCAGGAGCUUCAAAGAUUCUGCCGCCAAGCAGAAGCUGCUGAAUAAAACCCUUGAAGAUCGUUUGAAACUUGAAGCAAAAAAUGGCACAUUGAGCGUAUCAGACACCACAGUUGGCAGCAAACAGUUGACGUUCACGUUAAAGAGGUCCGAACAGCAGAAGAAGCAACAGGAGGCUGAGAAGCUGCACCGACAAGAAAGGAAAACACUCCGUCGCUCAGCCAGUCACCUCAAGUCCCGACACAGACGCGGACGGCCGUUUCAUUGAAUCUGGAAACAACCCUGCGUGCAAUUUGGGAGGUCAUUGUUGGAGCACGUUAAACACACAGGAACGCACUUUAAAAGUUCACAUAAAUUCUUGGUCUCUGUGUGAGGUAACAUUCGGCAGCUCGUCCCGGUGCCUUCUGUGUUGGGCUUGGACGCUGCCCCCUUCCCUGCCCUGGGCAGCGCAUCACCCCCGGGCGCUUCUCGUAAGUUGUUCCCCAUAAACACUGUCUGCUUUCCUCUGGUUUCAAUCAUGUAGAACAGAUUGUUGUUUGUCAAUAUUGUGAAACGUGUACCAUGAAAUGGCAGGUUGUCCUGAGCUGCAAGUUAAGAUUGACCGUGUCCUGGGGACUUUUUUCCUUGUGGCAUCUACUGCUUCUUAACUGUUGACCCCCCAGAAACCUCUUUCCUGUUUCAACAUCUGUCGGUGUUGGCCAUGUUCACAGUUACACGUGGGUAGUAGGUUUGUUGCUUGUUGACAUGUUUGGGACUUUUUGAAAAAUAUUUUUAUACCAAGAGAAUAUAAUUUAAUGAUAAUAACCUAAAACCAGAAAUGGAAGCUACUGGUUUUUCUUUUAACUUUUCACAGGAUUAAUUACAGAUUUUUUUUUUUUUCUGUUUCUUAAGUGCAAUUUGAGAUAAACUGGCUGGAGAAAAACAUUUAUAAAAAUAAAUACUUUUCAUUUGAA